GGACUGAUUUUGGUCUGCAAGUGCGUCCUCUCAUAAUCUCGGACGACAGUUCAGUUUCUCACCUGAAAUUUGAACAUCACUUUGGUUCGGGAUCUCUCUCUUCCUUUUUGGAGGAAACCAUAGACUUAUGCUACUGUGCUCCGUUGAAUAUACCGUAUGGUGCUCCGGAAGUGUAGGAUGUUGGUAUAGAGGAAAUUAAUGUCAGAUGUGUGGUGCGAUUCCCUGUGUGAAACGAGUGGGAAUUUGUUAAAAAUAACGCCAUCCCAGAAAAGAAAUCGACAGAAAUUGUGAUUCCGUCGAGGCCGAACUGAAUAUUGUACGCGAUUUUUGGCUCGAACACCUCGAUCAUGUCCGGCCUCAAAGUCUUGUUGUUGCUGGCGUCAGUCAACCGGAUGUUGGCGGCCGAGAUCGGGUUGCAAGAAUACGGGAGAGAGUUCGAUAAAUUAUUACAAAUGGAACGUGAGCUAUCUGAAUUUGGUCCGGGUCCGCAUGUAGCUCAAGCAUAUGCGAGAGAGUUCGGCGAAAUACUGCGGAAGAAACGUCAAGUGAACGACAUCGCUGCGCCGAUCCGGAUCUCAACCACUGGUGACCACGCAUGGAUGGCCCCAGGCCCGAACGAUCAGCGGGGCCCAUGCCCGGCUCUGAACGCUCUGGCGAACCACGGCUACCUCCCGCGGGACGGCGUCUGCACCGCUGGCCAACUGGCAUCAGCAUGCUAUGGAGUCCUGGCACUUGGUAUAGACUUGUCAAUGGUGCUCGCUGUUCAAGCCUUGGUGAUUGCCUCCCGGUACGACCUGAAAAUAAGCAUCGGACUCCCAACCGAGAACAGUCCCUCUUGCUCAGGGCUGACCGCGUCUCACAACAAGUUCGAGACCGAUGCCUCACCGACCCGGACUGAUCUUUACUUGAGCGGUAACCCUGGUCCCCUCAACCUAACUCUCCUCGGACAAAUGAUUGAGUUUAAGAACGCCAGUGAGUCGUGUUUAACCUAUGCAGAUUUAAUAGAGUUCCGAUACCAAAGACUCACGGAUUGCAUCGCCACGAACCCCUGGUUCUUCUUCUCUCUUCCAGCUGCUAUCGCUGCAGCCGGCACUUACUCUUUCCAACCCAGGUUGUUCGCAAAUGCUACGAGUGAAUAUCCCGAAGGCGGGUGCGUGGAUGUGGAAACUCUCAAGGCAUUCUACGGCGUUUCUGAGGAUGGGGUCUACACGGGGGAACGCAUCCCUGAUAACUGGUAUAGACGUCCCUACGGCAGAGAGUACACUUUGCCUAAGUACGCGAUGGAUUACUCCGCCGCAAGCAUGAAGUACCCCGCCUUCCUUUCGACUGGAGGCAACAAUGGCACGGUUAAUUCCUUUGUCGGCCUAGAUUUUGCAGACCCGAUCAACGGAGUCUACAAUGCCAAGAGUCUUGCCGAUAGUAAGACCUUCUCCUGUUACCUGUAUCAGCUUCUACAGUCAUUAUCCUUCAGUCUUGUGGCAAACGUCGCCAACGAAGUCCUUGCGUUUCUCAAACCCUUACAGGCCUUGCUCGAUAAGAUAGUUGGAGACAAUCUGUCGAAACUUGGUUGCCCGGAACUGAAUCCGUCGUCAUCGACAUCGGUUCCGGGUUACCCCAUGCAAGAGAAUGGAUCCUGUCCGUUGCUCAACAAGACUAUUUACAACUGAAAUCACGACCAGGAAUCGAAUGGACCACCAGUGAAGGCACAAAGUUAAGCAUUCUGAUACAUGUUUCCUGAUCAGAAGUUCGCGCGGACCGCGAUUCGCGCAACAAGGAUUACCGAAAUUCACUCCUAACCAAGACAUUUUACGAUUUCGACGCGUGAAUUCAAAGCUCCCGCUCUUGAAAACGCAAUGGUCCACCUGAGUCUGAUUGCGCACGACAUAUUACCGUCAUAGUCUGUGCGGUGUGAAAAGAUGGCAACCAUGAUUUCGGGGCUUUGGCUCGUUGCACGUUAUUUGCCUACAUUUUGAACGGCACAGAGGGGGAAA